ACUCUGUUUUUUGUUUCUUUGAGGAUUGGAAUUUACAUGAAGAGGAGAAAGCGGGGUUGCUCUCAAGCCUGAACAUUUUCUAUCUUCCUCCAUCUGGCCGUCACUCUCUCAGUCUCUUCAGAUUGGUGCUCAUCCCCUCUCCUCUCGCCAACAUGCUGUGUUGGGGGAAUGCAAAGGAUGGACAGUUGGGGAUUGGUGUGGAGGGGAACUCCAUGUUUGAGCCAAGGAACUGUCCCGUGUUCAGUGGCAGGGGACUGAAAGAGUUGGCCUGUGGAGGGCAACACACAAUGUUCCUGCUGCAUGAUGGUAGUGUGUACACAUGUGGUUCUAACAGCUAUGGGCAGCUGGGCCACGACAAACCAGGUACUUCACCAGAGCCAGUGGGAGCUCUGGAUACUCAGACGAUCACAAUGGUGUCGUGUGGUCGGGCCCAUUCUCUGGCGGUUAAUGAGCACGGUCAAGUGUUUUCCUGGGGAGCUGGUGAAGGGGGCCAGCUCGGCCUGGGGACUGCAGAGGCGGCUGUUCGAAUCCCAAGGUUGGUCAAAAGGCUGUGUGACCACCGGAUCUCUCAAGUAAUGUGUGGGAAUCAGCACUGCAUUGCACUAUCUAGAGAUGGCCAGCUGUUCACGUGGGGCCAGAACACCAGCGGUCAGCUCGGUCUGGGGAAAGGAGAGCCUAGCAAGCUGUUCCCUCAUCCCCUGAAGUCUCUGGCGGGAAUUCCUUUGGCACAGAUAACCGCCGGGGGAGACCACAGCUUCGCUCUCUCCUUGUCCGGAGCUGUAUUUGGUUGGGGCAAGAACAAAGCUGGACAGCUGGGUCUCAAUGAUAAACAAGACCGUGCUGUCCCAUGCCACAUCAAAUUUUUGAGAUCGCAGAAGGUUGUUCACAUCAGUUGUGGAGAAGAACAUACAGCAGCCCUCACCAAGGAUGGCGGCUUGUUUACAUUUGGUGAUGGCUCGUGGGGUCAGCUGGGCCAUGGCUCCACCAAUGACGAACUUUUACCCAGACGAGUGCUGGAGCUCAUGGGCACUGAGGUGUCCCAGAUCACCUGUGGCAGGCGUCACACGUUGGCGUUUGUGCCUUCCUCUGGUGUGGUAUAUGCGUUUGGUUGUAAUAGCCAUGGCCAGCUGGGCACAGGAAUGUUGGGAGAUGCCAGAAGCCCAUUUCCUGUCAAGGCUGGUUUCCUGACUGGAAAUAUCCACGGAACAGGUACUUUAUAGUAUAUAUGAUUGUUG